CGUUUAAACUCGUACAGUUCGAGAUUAAUAUCUUAAGAAGACUUGAGAUGGAAUGCCAAAAAAGUAAUUCUGUACACAAUUCGUAAUCGAAGUUUUAUAUCUUGUUAAUGCUGUAUAAUUCGUGAGUGAUUUCUUAAGUAUAUUACGAGUUUUAUGGCUUUAGUUUACAUUAGCAAUUAUUCGCAUAUGUAUUCCAUUUGAAAGUUGACAUUGCCGUGAAAAAAUGUCUGCCGACAAGCUCUAUCCAUAUGGCCUACCUCUUGGGCAUCGGAAUUUGAGUCUCCCAACUGAAUAUGAUUAUCAUCAAGCAAUGGCCCAACAUGCUGCAGUAGUGUCUGCAACUAAUAAUUCAGCUUUACAUCCUGCAAUGGCUCAAAUUCCCAUGAUGCCUACUGGUUUAAACCUUUCUAUGAAUUCAGGAAACCAUUCAUUGUCAUCAGGAAUGCAAUCAUCUGUGACUAAUGCUCAUCAUUUGACACAUGGAAGUGGUGUUGCCACUGGUGGUGGAAAAACCAAAACUAAAAAACUUAAGGUUAAUAAAGAUGGUGUUCCAGCUCCUAAACGGGCCACAACUGCAUACAUUAAUUUCACGCAGUGGUAUCGAGAAGAUCAAAAGAGGAAUGGGAGACAGAUACCUAAGAUUGGGGAGUUUGGAAAAGAAUGUGCUGGUAAAUGGAAUAACAUGAGUGGUGAAGAAAAGCAACCAUUUCUCGAAGUUGCAGCUCGAGACAGAGAAAGAUACAGAAAGGAGAUGGCAAUAUAUAAGCCUGCUCGUGAUGUUAAUAAGCCUAAACGUCCUGGUACUGCUUUUAUGCUGUUCAUGGCUGAUUUGAGAAAAGAAAUGGCCGGCAAAGAACCUGAGGGUGGUGUUGCAGCUUUAGCAAAACUAGGGGGUGAGCGAUGGAGGUCUAUGACAGAUGAAGAAAAACGGAAAUAUGUUGAAAAACAAGGCGAAGAAAAAGUUCGCUAUGAAGCAAGCAUGGAAGAAUAUAGAAAAAAGCAAAGCAUUGCAAAUAUUUCACCUAUUAAAGCCCCUCGUCCUGAAGAGCCUUCUAAUGACAGUUCUGAUAGUUUGGACUUGCCAAGUGCAGCAGCAACUUCUCAUUUACCUCAGUUAUCUCAAGCAACAUCUAAUUCUGGUUCUUCAACACCUUCACCUACUGAAACUCCUACACCUGCAUCACAGUCAAAUAGUACUUCCCCACCACCUCCCACUCUAAGUCCUGGCCCAACUGAUCCUCCUACUUCAGAAAGUCCUAAUAGUUCCAUGGCUGCUCUGUCAUCACUUACCAAUCCAAUGUCUUUAUCUCAUGCAAUGGCAAUGGGAUAUGCUCAGCAUACACUAUCUAAUUUUGCACAUGCAAGUGGGAUGUUGAUGCAUAAUCCCAGUUAUAAUCAAGUACAUACAACAAUGCCAUCAUCUGCAUAUUUAACAUCAUCAAGUCCUAAUUAUAAUCAGGCUCACAUGCAAGGUGGACCAUAUAAUUGGAACUAAAAAUAUGAUACUCAUGCAUUCUGCAUUUAUUAUGUUUGUAAUUUGUUUGUUUGUACUUGGCAUUUGUUAUAAUUUUUGUUAUAUUUUUAUUCUGUGAUGAUUCUUUUUGUAUUCUGUGGAUUCAUUUUCUUGUUGUAAUGGCCCCUAACUGAAAGGUGGGAAAUUUUUAUUCUUGUCAUUGAAUGCCUGGUUUAAAAUAAAAUGACAGUGCAAUAGCAUUAAAACUUUCCCCUGCAGUAUACAACUUUAUAUCAUUCCUUUAAGUAAUAUAUGUCUUAGUAUAGUUACUGUUUAGACUGUUGAUCAGGUACUCUUUUUUUUUCAUUCUAUUUUUUCUAUUUAGCAUGAAUUAAGGGGGAAAAAGGAAUUACAUAGCUUCAGUAAAGGGGGGCACAUGUGCCAAGUAUGAAUAUUACUUAAUUAUUGGAAGUAAGUUAAGUUUUAAUUUUAAAUUUAUACUUUUCAGUAUGAUAUGCUGUAUAUUUGGUAAUGUUAAAUUUUAUCCAUACUUAGGAAAUUAGUAUUUUGUUCAUGUUUUUAUUCAUUCAUAAGAAAAACUAAAUUGUUUUAUUUAGAAAAACUGUGUUUUUAAACUUCUUAUGGCCUGAAAUAUGAAAUAUUUAGGGCUGUAUUGAGCAUUUAAAAAUUUAAGGCUAAAAAAUCCUGGAAGACUGAAUGAGUCUUGUGGAUUUAAAAUAUUAAUGAAUCUCAUUAGUAUACUGUCACAUAGUUAAAAUAAUUAAUCUAAUUAUAAAUAUUCAACAUUGGAGUGACCUACCUCAAUAACAUAGAACGAGGCCAUUGUAUUAUAUCCUGGUCGUGUGUUCAAUAUUAUUAACAAUAUUAAUGGAAAUAUGAAAUACCACUACGUAAAGCACUUCUACAUAAUAUAUGCAUUUCCAGUAUGAGUGUUCAAUUUUUAAUGUACAAUUUUUAUUAUGAUAAAUAUUCAUCUUUUCAUGUGUAAUAAGUAUAGAAUAAUCAUUGAUUUGCAAAUGCAUUCAACUAUCACAGACAUUUUUUUUUUUUUUUUUUUAAAUCUGUUUUGAGUUGAUGAUGCUGUUGAAUGAAAGUACAAAUCUAGAAUAUACUUGUAUGGUAUUUAGCCUUCCUUGUAUGCUUUGGUAUAAAAUGCCAAUUUUCCUCCUCAAAUGUUUUAAUGUGAUUUUAAUCGUGAGCUGUUCAAGAUUUAUAUGCAUUGCAUGUGUAUUGUGGUAUUAAAUACCAGUUCUUUUUCAUGUAUUAUGUAGCUCAGAAUGUGAACUUGAUUGUUAACUUUAGUUUAUUUUCCAUUUAUAUUUAAUAUUCCAUGCAGACUAAAAUCAUAGUUUAUCUUUUAAGGUACAUCCUGCAAGUAUAUAAUAUUGUCAGCAAAUUGUGAAGCACAUUAGCUGAACUUGUGUCUUACAGAUGUUAUGUUGACUGAAGUUAGGCACUCAGGGAAUAACAGUACUUCUUUAUAAUACACUUGCAAUAUUUAAAUAUUUCCUACAUUUUUGAAUAAUAAUGUUGGUCACAUGUUUUCUUGCCAGUUUAAAAUAUUUGCUAUGAUUAAAAAACUGAAGCAUGAAUAUCUGUUAAUAUUUUAAAGAUACUUCAUUUGAAAAAUUUUUAUGUAGAGAGAUUUUAUUUAAAAAGUUAUUUUUUAGCUCAUGAAGACUAUUAUAAAUUUUGGUUGAAUUGAGUUUUGUAAAGCUACUAUAUAGAUUUAGUAAAUGUGUUUACAAAUUGUUUUUUAUGUAGUAAUUGUUACAUAAAUUAUAUUUUCAUAAAUUUCAAUUUGUUUCUUAGCUCGAAUUAUAAACUGUGUGGAGAAGAUAUAUUUGUGUUAUGUUUAUCAUUACAACUUUUUAAGCAUUAUGUUCUUGAACUUUUUAUUCCCUGUUUCAGAUUUUUUUCAAUUUUUAAAAAGAUGGUAUCUGAAAGAAACUACCAUGUUCUACUAUGAAAUUAUUAGAAUUUAGUUCUUAUUUGGACACUUUCUAUAUUAAUAACUUAAUUAUAUCAUUAGUAAGAAACUAAAAUAGUCUCAUAUCAGCAGUUUAUUAUGCCUGGUUUUGGUAUUACUUUAAUAUUAUUUUCUGAUUAAAAUUCUUGUCAUAUGCAGACACUUUUUUUUUUUACUUUGCUUUGCUGAAAAUGUCAUGGUGGCACAGCUAAAAACAUCAUCAAAUUUUUGCAUUACUUUGGCUCAGAAGAGUGUAACUAGUGCCAGAUUUUUUAAUAGUUAAACCCUUUCUAAUAGAUAUGUUGAUUUAGGAAAUGUAAAAAAUAAUAAUUUGCAGUUUUGAGGAUAAGUGAAGAUAUAUUGUAGAAGUACACUAACAUUUUUAAGAUUCACUGUAUGGAAGUUAUAUACUUUUACAGUUAAUUUUUGCCUGCUGAUAUUGUUUUAUUUGAUCAUAUUGGAUCUUUUGUAGUGUGUAAUUUUUAUCACAGGCAGAAUCGGUUUUUAAUUGUUGAGUGUAAAUCAGAAAUUUAAAAAUGUCAUGAUUUUUGAGGAAAUUUUAAUAUUUAUUAUAGCGUAAAUGCCUACAUUGAUUUGAGGAAGGUCCUGUGUAAAAUAACAAUUGUUACUUGCCUGGUGCUUUGCUACUUUAAUUUUUUUUAAAGUAAUUUCUUUAUCUUUUAUUAUUCAAAAAAUUAGAAUGAAGUUGCAGUGAUUGAAAUAGUGAAAGAUAUCACUUUGGGGGGGGGAAGUUCCCAUAAGAAUGUGAAAAUGAGAUUCACUUGUCACAAACUGAAAAGGUAUAAUGAAAACAUUUAGAAUGCAUACUGCCUUCUAUUACCAUGAGUAUACUUUAUGAAUAAAAUUUUUGAUUUAUGUUCCUUGAACCAAUAAUUUAAGCAUUUACAACUGCAGUGAUGAAUCAGCGAACUUUGUAAGUAAUUUUCUGUUUUACAUUGGCUAAUAAAGGUAUCUGUUUUUUAAAUGGGGGAGAGACCAGAAUUUGAAUACAUACAAAAAAAAAAAAAAAAAAAAAAAGAAGAAAGUAAAUCAAUGCAUUAUUUUGUGUGGUCUGUGAGGUGCGGUAUGAAGAAACUUGCAUGUAUUGUAAAAAUUGACUUAAAAUUUGGCUUCAAAAAUAAGUGUGUUAAAACUAGUGGAUAUUAUGUUACAAAAAAAAAUAUUAUAGAAUAUGUGAAAUAGAAAGUGUUGAUAAUUUAGAUGCAAAACAGAAUCUUUCCAAUUCUGAAAUAGAUAACUUCUGUUAACAGGAAUCAUCUCAAACAUGUAAAAAAUAAAGGAAAUUAGAAGUCCUGGCCAGUGGCAUAAAACUAAAAAAAAAAGAAAGGGGUUUGAUAAUGGAAAUAUUUAUAAUUGAAAGGGCAUCUAAAAUUUAAAAGUCUAAAAACAAGUUAGAGACUUGUUUUUUAUGAAAUUUUAGUUUACUGUUAUCUGUGCCAGUAAUGAAAAAUUUAGGUUUUGUUAGCUGUGCCAUCAUUUAUAAUGAGAUAUUCUAUGCAUUUUGUAAUUAUUUUAUGAGCUGAGUGUAAUGACUUCUAUGAUUCUGAGUGUGUUAAAUAUAAAUUACAUUAACAAAAUUCUAUAGAAAAUUUUAAAAAAAAGGUAAAUGGCUUUUGUAUUUGAAAGUUAAUGCAUUGAAUGCAUUAUUGCCUUCAUAUAUUACCUAAAGCAUUCCUGAAUUUGGUUACCAUGACAUUUUUUUAUGAGGUUCUUUUGAAAUCUUGUUUUUUGAAAAUGAGGAAUAAUAUAGCUUUGUACUUAAUAUUUUGCCUUAUGUUAAUCUGAGAAAGCAUAGGAAUUUAAAUUUGUGAAAUUUAUGAAUUUUUUACGUGUUUGUAUGUGUUUGUUUUUAGAAAAUGCUUUAAAAAAAUCUCCUGCAAAAUAUGUGGCUGACACGCACAAAUUUGUUGCAUUACAAGUAUUUUGUUUGGAGUAGUAUUUUCGUAGCUGUGCCGUUUCUUUUUCUUUUCAUAUCUCUGCGAUAUUUUUAGAAAUGUUUUUACAGAAUGUUUUGUAUAAAUAUCUAUUACUUUAUUGACUUGUGCGAAUCUUAUGAGUGUGUGUUUUUCGUGUUUGAAUGUAAGUUUUUAAUGUCUGCAGCACAAGCGUCACAAUUUUAAAGUAUUCUUAACAAUAAAGCCAAAGUUUUUUUUUAAAUAUUGUGUUUUGCUUUUUCAGCAAAUUUCUUGUAUAUACAUUCCAUUUGUUUUAUCUUUUUUGUUUUUAUAGUUGAAAAUGUUAUUUUUUAUAUUGUUUUUGUGUGGUUAUCAAAAAAGCAUCUGAAUUAUUUCUCGUGUAAUUGCUGUCCAAAAAAUGGCUUUUUUUAUGUGUUGCAUGUUAUCCUGUUUUUAAAUAAUUAAGAUAUGGAUUACAAUAAUUUCCAUUAUCACUUUCUAGCCAAAUUUUCAUGCAAACUCAUCUGUCAUAUUUUAGGGCUGUAUCAUUUCCUGAAAAGAUUAAUUUUAAAGUGAGCAUGAAAAAUUUGUAUGAGCAGCUUCAUGUUUCUUUGGAAGGAAAUAAAUUUGACAUUCUGCUUUUUUCUUUCUAUUUACCUUAUUUUGGCAUUAAAAUAUGCCUGUUCAUGUGUAGUUGAUCUGUGUUAAUUGAAUGCUGUUUAGAUUUUGAAUGAUUAUGAAAGUGCAUGCAUCUUGGAAAAGUAAAUAACACUUCAUGUUGCUACUGCCAUUUUUGUAUUUGGAAGGUGUAAGGUAUGUGCUUUGAUUGUGGGAGAUUACUUUUUGUUGGGAAGGUAUUUAUAUCAUUUAUGUAUUAUUUUUCAGAUUUACAUUUUAAUGGUAAGUGUAACAUAUCAAGUGCAUAUAGCUUGUUACAUGGGGUUCAUGUUUGGUGUGCAAUUUUAUGCAGGUUUUGUAUAAAGAGUAAUUGAAAAUAUGUCUUUCAGGAUCUACAAAGUAGCCUUUAACUUAACAUGCAUACAAUUUAACACUUUUGAAACAUGUAAAAUUUAGCUUUUGUUGUAAUUGAACAGAAAAAUUUGUGUUUAAAAUCUCUAGAAAAGCACCUGAAUUUAACAAACUCUUUUAUAUGGAAAGAAUACAAAGUUUGCAAUAAAGAAUUACAUUUAAAAUUAUUUGCAGUUGAAAGAAUGCUACGUUUCGUUUGUAUUUAGAUGAAAAAUUAGUUAAGAAACUUGCAUAGAAAAGCAUUAAAUUUUAUCCAAUUUAUUCUGAGGCUAUAAAGAAGGAGAAGUUUACAGACAAGCUCAGAAAAUUUAUAGUUUUUAUCAGUAAUAGUGCAUCUUCUGAUUUGACGACAUCCAAACAGCAAUACUUUAAUUCUUGAUUCUGUAGGAAGAAAUGUGUGCAGAGAAAUUGAUCUCAUAAAUGUUAAAAGGAUUUUUUUUUUAAUGGAGCAAAUGACUUAAUAGGUUUGACUUACAUUUUUUAUAUAGUGGUCAUAUAUUUCAUUUUUGACAUUAGGAACGCUUUAGCAUAUUAUUUGCAAAUGUUUUGGAUCAGUUAUGCUACCAUGCAUUUAUCAUCCAUAUGACCUGGCAACUGUUGCCAUAAUAGAGAACAUAAAAUCUUCAAUUUAACUGCUAUUUGGCCUGGCAAAUGGCCAUUAUUUUUAUAUUGCAGUUAGAUCUUUAUCUUUCAAAUAAUACUAAUAUCGCAUAACAAACCGGACAGUUUCUUAAUAAUUUAAAUAUGUAGGUUUUGUAAAAGCUGUCCGAUUGCUGUAACUGAAAAUAUAAUAUAUGCAACUGAAUUUUUUUUGAGCUUUUUGCAGCAUUAUUGUCACUAAUAUUGUAUUUCUGAUAGCACGUGUUAUGUAGCUUGGUUCAUAAUCAUUUGGUUUUUAUUUCUGAAUAGUAUGAGAAAUUCUAGUUAAGUAUUUUUGAUGUUAAGAAACAUUUAUAUCAUAAUCAUCCUAUUUUUUUUUUUAUAAUGCACGUUAAUGCUGCACUACUAAUCAUCUAUGUGGCUUGACGGAUUACCAGUUCCGAGAACUUUUGCUAUUCAUCCUGCGUAAGAUCCUUAAAAUCAUAAGACACCAUUUGAAAUUAUUUCAAAAGCAAUGUACCUACUUUUUAUUUUAUGAUAUUCACACCAUUAGGGAAACUGACAAAAUACAUCAAAGGGUGACAUUUAAUAUAAUUUUCUUUGCUAGCAUACUGUACUUGAUAAAUCAAAUGUGUAUCAGUAUUUAUUUUAAAUGUUUUUAUUUAAAAUUAUAUAUCUUCUUGUGAAUUCUGAAAGUGCAAGUGCCUCUUAAAUGAAAUAGAAAGCAAAUGCCCAAGAUAAUUUUAUCCAUUAAUUGACUUUAAAUUGCAUAUUGCUGAGAGCCAUCUAGAGACCUUAACAAAAUCAAAUUCAGUAGAAAUGUUUCAAAAUAUUCAGAAAACACUUCUGCAUAUGACUAUGUGUGCCUUUAAAGUGAAUGUCUGUAUAGUUACAAUUUGCUUACUGAAUAAAAAACUUGACCAGGUAAUUUAAAAAAAUUGAUUGAACAUAAAGAUGGCUGUAUAAGCUUUAUACAUUUUAUUAAUGUGGUGAAUCAGUAUCCCCCCUUUGUGCAUACCUUUCACAUGAAAAUAUUUAAUUUUAAUAUUAAUUUUAAUAUUGUGCUAUUGAAAUGGUGACAGAUGCAUUUGCAACACAAAGUUGCUCAUUUAUGCUAGUAUUUAUUAUCUUUGAUAAUAACUAUGAGACUAAAAUGUGUGUUGAACUCUCAACCUUACUGAAAGUGUUUUGCAGUCAUACAGAGAGGGAAAGAUCAUUAUGUAGGCCUGUUUGUUAUAUAUACAAAAUGAUGAAUAUUAAUAUGUACAAGGAGAUACCAAGAAUAUGCUGUGUGAUGUUUCGCAAUUAAGCUUAAUAAAAUAUUGUAGUUAUUUGACUCGUUACGUGUAUGGCGGUAUUUGUGUUUAGCUGGAAAGUGCAUAUUCAUAAAAGAUAUAGCAGCCUCAUCGAGCUAGAUUUUUCACAAGUUAGUAGUUUUCUCUUCCACAAGAGAUGAGUAAAAUUAUUUAUCUGGAUUCGGUGCUCAUAGAAGAUGUGUCAUGUCUAUCCAAGCUGCUUAUUAGAGUAGAGUAAUUUCUUCUUUUUAAGCAAAAUUAAUUUUUUUAAAACUUUUAGUUGUGUGAUUGGCUAAAAAGUAAAUAUUGAAGUAAUAAUCCUGCUUGUAUGUUGGUUAAUAUAGUAGAGAAUAUAUGAUGUACCUUUCAAUUUUUAUUUAAUGUCAUGAAAAAACUGGCACAUUGAAAUGGUGCUAUAAUUUUUGUUAGACUUUGUGGCUUUAUGUAGCUUUGGCACUUAACUUGCAAACAGGACCUUAUGUUUAUUUUAAAUUUAAAAAUUAACGCAUGACGCAUAUUUUGACACAAUGGGUUAUAUUCAGUUUGACUUAAAGUAAAGGAAAUUGUUAUGCAUUGAAAUGCUGAGUUAUUUUUUACUGUGAGAUACACAGAAUGUUAAAAAUUAAGUUUUGGAAUUCUCAUUCAACUCAUUUUUUCCCCUCUCAUUGAGAAUGAAUGUAAAAAAAGAAGAGCUCUUAGUUUUUAAAAUUAUCAAUAUUUAGGUAUAACUUUCAGUGUAAUUUUCAUAUGAAAAUUAAUGAUAUGGGGAGGUGAAGAAAGAAGAAUAUGGAAUGCACCCUAUAACUGUGUGCAGUAGCAUUGAACUGAGCAUGACGAGUUUGAGAAAAUUAUAUCAGAUAAGUCUCAUGAGUUUUGAGAAGAUUAUACGUUUAACAUUGAUUUUAACCAUAUUAAAGUUAAGUUUAACCAUUAAAGUUAACAUUGAUUUUAACCGUUAACCAUGACAUUGAUUUUAACCAUUAAAGUAAAAGACGAGAUAAGUCUCAGUUUUGAGAAGAUUAUAUAUUUAACAUUGAUUUUAACCAUUAAAGUUAAUGCAUUUCUACUGACCAUUGAUGCAUGUUACCCUUUAGAUGGCUGUGUACUUAACUUCCAAAUGGAAUGAUUUCUUUUUCAGACUUUACUUAGAGCAUAAUGUUUGUCCAGAAUUCACUGUUUCAUCAAAAAUGAUUUAAGUACUUACCAGUAGUAAGCUGAAUAUAAUGUUUUACUUUUUGAUUAAAUUCUUGACUUUUCUUUGUUAUAAAUUACUGUAACUUGAAAUUAUUUCAGUUAAAAUUAGUUUGUAAAUAGCUUUAUUUGUGUGAAUUAAUAGUUCUUAUGAUGCAUAAAAUUUCUUAUAAUCGGGGUAAUUUUGUGAUGUUAGGUCUUGCUUUUUAAUUAACAUAAAAAUCUAUUCAAAAAUAACUCAGUAGUAUCAUUAUUUUAUAAUUGUUUUGAAAUCUUUUAAACUUGGUAGUGAUUGAAUAUGAACAAAAUAUUGAAUUUUGCUCAUUUAUUUUCUAUAUUAUUGUUUCAAGAUUACUAUUUAUUUUAAUUUCUGUGUAGAAAAUUUCCUGAAGCUUAUUCACAUAUGCUCUUCAUAUUAUUAGUGUGUUGUUUUUUAGCUUUAUCAUUAAUUCAUUAAAAAGCAUGUUCAUGAGCAAAUAAAUAUUUAUUAUGAUAAUAGAAAAUUUUUCAUCUGAAUCUAUAUUCAUCUCUUCUGCUUUUAAACUAUAGUUGUUAUUGUUCAAAUUUAUAAAUGCCAUUUAAAUCAAUGAGUAUAAUUCGAUUCAGUAAUACUAAUUUAAAUUGCAUAUAGUACUGCUGCAAUGCCAGAUAUUUACAAAAAAAUCCAUAAUUAUAAUUUUAUUUUUAAUUAAUAUGUUCAUGUGAACAUGCUUAUCCUUCUAUCUUUAACAUGUUGACUGCUGUGGAGGCACUCGACCUGGCUACACUGCUGUGAGGCCACCAGUGACUGGCGACAUGACCAGUAGUAAAAGUACAUAAUUGGAGUAAACAUCAAUAUAGUUCGACCGCCUCAUCCACGACCAUGAGUGCAAUCACGCAUGCACUAUUUGGACCGAUUUAUUCUCAAAAUACGGUGGAAGGAUAGGAACUUUCUUUCCCUUGAGCAUAUAAAUUUUCUUCUUUCGGAUGUCUUCACGUGACCUUUCACGUCGCAGCAAGUAAUAUCAUCCUUUUUGGAAGAGUCGUCGUGUUUUGGCAGAGUGCCAGCCAAGGUUGCAUUUGAGACGGUUGAACUAUACUCAUAAAUUUUUAAAUAAUACAUUGUUACCAUAAUGGUUUAAUAAUAAUAAAUUGCAAAAAUGGUCUACAGCGCUCCAAAAACAAAAAAUGUGUUAAACAUGAUUGUGUAACUCGCCUAAUCUUCUGUAGAUAAUAUUUCAACAUAAUAUACAUCACAUAAUAAAAAAUUCAUGUUGGUGCCAUGGGCAAACCUUGUGAAAAGCAUAUGGCAGUCAGUGUGUUAAAUGGUGUCAAACCCCAAAUAGUUUUUUUCUUCCUACAUAUCAUCUUUUAAUUGUGUUCAAUAUGCAUAAUUUAUUUUUAAUGGUUCAAUAUGCAUAAUUUAUUUUUAAUGGCAAUAAUAAGGGAAAAGUUAUAUGUUUUAAAUAAAGCUUUUUGAUGUUUUGAAGUUCUUAAGAAUUUGUUGUUCUAAGUAAAAUACUGUCAGGUAUUUUCUUAAACUUUCAAAUGCCCUUUAAGUUUUUUCCCCUGCUGUUUUAGUAACUUUUAUGCCUUUUUAAAUUUCUUAUCCAUAGCCCAAGCUUCUAAUAUUUCCCUAAGAUCAAAUUGUUUUACAUAAGUACAGAAAGCCUGUAAUUUUGCGUAGCAAAAAAUUAUCACGUGGAGGUAGAGAUAGUAUUGUAAGAUAUUUUAAAAGCAAUAUUCGUUGCAGAGUAAAAGCAAUAAAUAAGUGAUAAAAUUUGUCCUUUGUUUGGCAUUAUUUUAAAUGAAAAGGUUUGGUCUCCCUUCGGAAGGUAGAAUAUUGGGGUAAGCAAGCACUCUGGUUUAAAUUACCAUGAAUGAGUGAUUGAAAAGUUCUGAUUGAUGUGUAUCUCUUGCAUCUGUUCUGAACACUUAUUAGAAAUAUAUUUUUUUAAUAACAAAACAAGAAGUAUUUAUACAUAUGUACAUAGUGCUCCCAAAAUCUAUAACUUCAAAAUUUUAUAAAAAUUGGGAAAUUAUGUGUAACUGAAUAUGGUUUGGCCAGAAAUAAAAUGCAAGAAAAUUUCUCCAGAAUGGGGUAUUGGAUAAAUCUCUAGGCCAAUGUUUUAGUGAUGGAGGAUGCUUAUAUGAGCUCAACAGGAGUCCUCACAGUCAGGAAGUACUGAAAAUAACAUCGAAUAGCUUUUUCUAUUAGUGAAUACCAUGAAGAAAUACUUUUGUGAUAUAUAAUAGAUUUCUUGCAUGUAUAUAAAUCAUUUCCAAUUAAAUUGUGAUCCCUUCUGUCGAUAUUGCAUAGCACCCCUCUCUUAAAAGCAGCUGAACUAAAUGUUUGCCUGUUACAAAAAGGAAACCUUGCUUGGUACUUUCUUGCAAACUACACUCUACUAUAUCCAUUGUUAAUUUUUUUUAUUUUUUUUAUUUUGUGGACUAUGGAUUACUUCGUACUUAUUUUAUGUAAUUUUUAAGCAACUUUUUUCUUUUAUUUGAAUGUUUUGGAAUGAUAAUUUAUUUCUGUGUGCUAUUUUUUCCCUCAGCACAUUCAAUCUGGAUUCAUGAAAUAAAUUUUAACCAUACUUAUAUUGCAUUGAUCCAAAUAAUUGUAUAAUUUUUCUGAUAUUCAAAAAAUGUCUCUGUAAAUUCUUGUGUAUUUAUUAAGUAUAUUUAGUGCAGAGUUUUCUGCAAGAAGUUUAAUUCUUUUUUCAUUGUAUCAUAUUUGAUUAAAUUUCUGCCUUUAAUUUUCUGUUUAAAUUAAAAAAAUCUUUAAAUUUGUUAGUCUUAACAUUGGUCUUAGUAAUUAACUGUUUGAAAUCCAGACCCUUUCCCUUUGCUAACCUGUAUCCCCAAAAUACUGAACCACCCGAAAUACUUUUCCAGUUUCACAGCAAUUUCCUCCCCUCCCCGUCCAUUAACGCAGAAAAUAGGUGUGAAGAUUUCGAAUGGCAUCCUUUGUUCUUUCUAAUAGAUUGCAUUAGCCUUUGACCCUGUUCUUUAUAAAACUAUUCUGAAGGUCAUACCAACAAGCCUUUCUGGCUUUGUUAUGAUCACGACUGGGAUUUGUUUAUUUCCAUUAUUUUUAUGGGAAGGAAUAAAUUGAUUUAAAAUAAAUAUAAUCCUUAAAUUUUUAAACUGCACUUUUAUUGCUGUUUAAAGCUUAAAGCACACUGUACCACAAAAGAAUCAACAACGAAAUGCCAUGAGCAACCAACCUAUAAGGACAAGCUGUCUGCGGUAAACUGAUAUGCAUUUGGGAAACUGCACCUGCUACUGCAUAUGUUAGGGAGAGGGAAGAAAACAAGAUUACAAUCUCGGCUGUUUUUGGGUGGUUCUGGUUGUUUCAAUAUAGAUCUGUGUGGGGCAGAUUGGUUGUGAAAGAGUUAAGGUAAAAUAACAUGCUGAACAAAUAUUAAUUUAGAAGUCAAACAACAACAAUCAGCAUUAUAUUUGCAAAUUUUUGCUGAACUCGUUUCGAUGGUUUUAUUGAACCGUCAACCUCAGCUGCCAAAGUGCAAAUGAAACUGAUGAAACUGCACUUUGGCAACUGAGGUUGAUGGUUCGGUAAAACCAUUGAAACAAGCUUUGUGAAUAUUUGCAAAUAUAAUGCUGAUUGUUGUUGGUUGACUUCUAAAUUAAUAUUGGUCUUAGUAGUUAUGAUGCCCAAAUGCUUCAAUUUAGAGCCUGGUUUGAAAAUGUAAAUUUCUCAUAAGCAGGCUCUAAAGUGAUUUUUAAUUUCUAUACUGUCUUGUAGUCAAUCAUGAAUUUAUUGUUUGAUUAAAGAAAAAAUUCAUCAAUGAAAUAUAUAUCGGAAUGAAUUCUGUACUUUUAGAAUUAUCAAUAAUAUAUAUAUAUAACAGUGUACUGUAAUAUCCAAAAAAUAAUAAUGUAAUAUAAAAAAAUAAUGAAAUAUCAAGUUGUUGGGGAAGUUCUGGUUGUUGGCAAGUGUAUCAUGAAUUAUUAUUUAAUACAGAACCACACAUUGAUCAUUGGGAAAAACUAAAUAUCUCAUAACUCAGCAACUAGAAAUGUGGAAGUCUGGAUGUUGCAAAAGAUAGUAGAAAAUUUCCCAGCCUUAGUAACAAUUUGGGAGGAUGUUCAAAUUGUGUGAAGUCUUGAGCUAUCUUCAAAAAAAAAAAAAAAAAAAAGUUAGCUGCCGAAAGUGAUGAUUACAUCUGUUUGAGUUUAUCAAUGAAAUGUUGCAGUUGCUAACAGUACAAUUUGGUGAUAAUGCCAGUGCCUAAUAGGAGCAGCUUUAAACCACUAUGCCACUGGAAUUCAACAGAUACAAAAUUGUUCUUAAGCUCAUGUAUCAGUCAAAUUUUAAAAUCAUUCCUGCUAAUUGAAGCAGUUGUGGGUACUCACCCUUAGUCAACUCUCCAUAUUAGGUAGUAGAGUGAGCUUGCAAGCUUCCAGAGUGAUAGUUUACUCAAACUCAGCUACACUGCACCUGCCCAGAACUUUUCGCAGGGCGGAAUAUAAAAUUUCUAUGCACCAUAGACCCAGACCCAAUCCCUGGGGCUAGAAUUUAUGUCAGUCACAUUGAAAAGGCUGUAAAGCUUAUGAAACCGAUGAAUAGAUUGGGCAUCAUGCUAUCCAUUGGCCUGGUUGACAUUACUAACCUCCAGGACAGCAUAGGUUGUCCUUUUGGAUAGUAGGAACUGGGCUCAUUUACUUUAUGCCCUCUGUUUCGAGAGUAUAAUGUUCAGCCAAUAUGUAUGACUAUCAGAGUAUAAUGUGGAGCUGGUAGGUAUGACCCCCCAGGGUGUCAUGCACAGUAUGUGAUCUGUUGCAAACUCGUAUCUGAAUGCUGGCCAAUUUUUAAACUUUGUACUGUCAUUGUGAAGGCAUGAGAAUCAAUAUAUUGCAUUGUUUUUUUCAUUGGACCUUUUCCAAUUAUGUUAACACAGCAGCUUGACUCAGUAACUUUGAACCUGAACAUGAAGCUGUAGAGCAGAAAGUGACGGACAAAGAGCUAACUUAAGAAGUAUGAGCGCUUGUGCUUAAAGAUUAUGUUUGGUAGCAGUGAACUAUGUUGCCACAUACUUUCUUUUCAUAUACCUGUGUAGCAGAAACUGAAAACAUUAUAGUGAAAAGAAUUUUAAAUAAGUGACCAGAAAUUUCCCAGAAGUGUAACCAUUAGCCUAAAACUGUUUUUAAAUUCCUAAUUUUUACAUAAUGUAUUUCAUGUGCAAUGUUUCUAAUUACUUUUGAACAUGAGUUUUGUUAAGCUUCUGAUUAUUAUUUGCAAUUUUCGUAUAACAGCCUUGUAUUUAAAAUUCUCAUACUUUUAAAGAAGAUGAAUCUCGAGUUAAUUUUAAGCUGAGGCUUAUAUUUUAUUAUAUCAAAGAAACAUUUGUUUUUAGACUUUAGUAAAGCAGAAUUCCAAAAUAAUGCAACAGUUUGAGCAUGAUAGUUCUCCACUUUUGGUUCAAGAAGUAUUUGCAAGAACAUUAUUUGAACUGGAUGUAUUGGUUAUUUAUUUAUAAAUACUUGCCAUUGUUUAUGUUCUUUUAAUCUCGGAAUAAUUACUGAAGUGCACUUUAACACUUUACUGACCGCUAGCGGUUCAACAGCAUUCGCACGUCUGACAGGUCGUUUAGCCGCAGAUUCUCCAACGCCAGCUGUUUUUCGGUUUAACGCAAGUGAGCAAUGUACCUCAAUACUAAUAACAAAAUGCAGAUGAUAUAGCAAAUGGCAAUUGUUUAUUGCGAUGGCUACCUAUUGAUAGGUUAUUUUUAGGUAGCCCAAGGAAAAAAGUGAUUAAUGGGCUAUCGGCUGGAGGCGAUGGCAAAAAAUGACGAUUAAUAGGCUGUCGGUUGGUAGGCAUUGGCAAUGAUAAGCCGAUUAAUAGGCGAUCAGUCGGUAAAGUGUUAAUAAUGUUAUUAAAUGCAUCCUGCUUAUUUUAAAUAAUUUUUAAUAGUUUCCUAUUGUAUUAAACGUACUUUUAUGACUUAUUUUAAAUUAUUGAAGAAGAAAAUCUAUUUACUAAAUUCGUGCAAAAUUUAGAAAUUUUGGCUAUGUUAAAGAUCGUACGCAUAUUGAUUGACUAUAUUUGAAUUUGUCUGGGGGGGGGAAGGAAGGCAGGUAUUGUUAAGUAUGUAUUUUGUAUGUUUGGGGACAUUUUUGUAAAACAAAAUAUUUUGUUUAAAGUUAUUUUUUGUAUAUUUUAUCUAGAUUUGUGUAAAGCAGUCAAAAUAGCCUCUUAUGAAUCUUAAUUUUCUUAUUGUCUGUAAUAUGUUGGCUAUUAUAUAUAUUCCUACAUUUUUCUCAUAAUGUAUCAAUUUUUGUAUAUAUAGCUGCAUAUGUUCUUAUAGUUCAUAUUUCACACUUGUGUGACAGUUUUAUGUGAAAAGAUUUAGAUUAACUGUUUUAAAUACAUUCAAACUUCACUCCUUAUUGUGAUAUAUUUUACAUAAAAUCGAGUUAAUGAUUUUUAAAAAACUUUUUUUUAUACACAUUACAUUAUACUAAAUCCAUGCAAACUUUUAUUUUUGACUUGCAUUAUAGAUUAUAUAAUAAUAUUAAUUUUAGUUUUUGUGUUUGUAUUUCCCCAUUUUUAAGUAUUAUUUACUUUUGAACUUCUGAUUAUUUUGAGUUUUUGUGUGUAGUUUAAAAAGCUGAGUGUAUCCAGAAAGGAUAAGUAUAAGACAUUUAUCAUUAAUAAAAAUUUUUUUAUUUCUUUAUUAAAUAUUUAUUGAACUAGAGACACUUACAAGUUUUAAAUAAAAAAAAGAUAAAAUAUUUUACCUUUUUUUAGAAAUGUACUGAACAAUUUUAUUAAUGAUGUCAUUGUUUAAUUUAUUCAUCAUUCAGCUUAUCAACACUGGUGAAGAAUUUGUGAUAUUUUAUGGUUUCAUAUUAAUAUUACUGCAUUUUUAUAGUGGUCGUAUUCUGUUGUGUACUUAUGUGUAAGCAUUAGCACUUGAAAUUUAAUUUUCUUAAUAUAUGGUCAUAUUCAUUGAUGGGUAUUUUUUUUAAAGAAAUUCUACUUUUGAAGUAAAUGAUUUUCUAAAGAAGGAAAGUCAUGUAAUGAAACUAAUUGCUAAAUUGUGUCACUUUGGGUUCUGUGAAAUGAGUCUUUAAUUCAAAAUGUUUUCAUCAACAAAAACUGAAAAUUUGUCUCAUAUUUUCUUCUAAAUAUUAAUGAGUUAGCAUUUGUUGUUUUGUGUCUGAUCUUGAUACUAAUUAUUUGUGGUUCUGUAAUUUAAAUAAUUACCAAGCGAUGUUGUGGACCAAGUUCUGAUUUUGAAAUUUUGUCUUGUUUAUUUUUUUAAAAAUUCAUUGAUCAUUUGAUUUUUGAAAUAAUUUUAGUAAAUAUUUAUAAAUGUGAAUAUGGUCACUUGUUGAAAUUUUUUUGUAAACACAUGCUCAUAAUUAUAAUAUUCUUCAGAUUAUCUUUUAAAGAAUUGUGUUCUUAAUAUUCUCAUUAAUUAAGAGCCGUGCUUAAACUAAAACUUGUAUUGAAAUUCACUCUUUGAUAGGAAUUGAAGCUCAGCAGUCUCAUGAUUUACUCCCAUGGGAGCUUAUUUAUGUAAAUUUAUUAUCGAAAGUGUACACAGACUGUACAGUGAUUGGUUAUUUAAUCAAGAAAUCAGCUGAGUUGAUAUACACUUUUAAUACUUUACAGUGUUUUAUCUCCCUGCUAUUGUUUUAAAUUGUUAUUUAGAUUUCUAGUUUUCAAAAUUUUCUGUAUAACUUUUACAUAAUUUUUCUCUGUAAACAUAGCUUUAUUUGCUCAUAGUUGUGCUCCUGUUAAUUUGUUUUAAUUUGGAAGUAUAUUUAAAGUAAACAUAUUUCCAUUACAUUAUAAGUAAACUAAUAAAAUAAGCUUCACUGAACUCAAGUUUGCCACUCAUUUUCUUCUUGAACAUAUUACUCCUUUUCAUAUGAAAUCCAAAUUUAACUCAUAUUAAAUGUACGUUUUUGAAAUUUAUUCUUUAUUUCUUUAAGUGAAAUUCGAAUAGCUGUCUGCGUUAGUAAUCAUAUUUCAUUUUGUUUAGUGCAUGAUUCCAUGUGUAAUUACUCUGAUUUAAACUGUGAGUACUUCAAAGCAGUGUUUGAAAAUUCUUUGUCUAUUAAUAGUUAUGCAUUCCUGUAAAGGGACCAAUUUGCAUCUUCAUAUUUUACUAUUUUGUGCUAAUUUGCUUUAUAGUUUAAGUGCUUAGAACUCAUGUCUGUGAUUCCCAAAUGCUAAUGUUAUUACUUCUGCACGUCAGUUACAUGUGACCGGUGUGUAAUGUAUCUCUCUGGAUACUUCAUUUAUUUACUGUCUGCUGUCUACAUUUUAAAAUAUUGUGACAGUGACCUAUUCUCUUAAAGGUAUUAAUUUUGUUUGUAAAUAAAAGUCAACAGUUGUUGGUCUUCCAAAUCUGU